AGUGAGUGUUUGACAUUUGUCGUAUAAUAACCAUAACCUCACAUUAGGUUUUAGUUUUCGCAUUUUUGAUUCUAUUUAUUAGGAAGUAGUGUACGAAAUCUUGUUAAAAAUGCUAACUCAAUCAUUUCGUUUAACCCUAGGUCUAUUACGUCCUGAGAGCACUCAACUGGUACUUUCAGCUGGUAUAAAAUACUUUCCACCACCAAAGAACUAUGACCAUAUUGAGAUACCGGAACGUCCGAGGCUGCGUAUUUACGACAAGGUGCCAAUGUACCCUUCUAACCUGAAGCCUCCUAAGAUGCAAAAGCGACUGAGGUACAUGAGAGGGCCUGAAACAUUACACACUAAUCUACAAUUAAAGCAAUAUGGUGUUGUUGCAACUGGUGGAGGAAGGAUGCGUUCAGAACACUUUGAAAUGGCCCGUCUUGUAGUAGCUAGAAAGUUGGACCAGAAGAGAAUGUUUGCUAUCUGGAGAGUGGACCCUCCAUGGCAGCCCGUCACUAAAAAAGGUCAAGGUCAAAGAAUGGGUGGUGGAAAAGGUGCCAUAGACCACUAUGUUACUCCCAUCAAAGCUGGCAGAAUUAUUCUGGAAGUUGGCGGCAAAUGUGAUUAUGCUGAGGUUUACCCCAUGCUCAAGAUUGUGGCCGAGAGAUUACCAUUCAAGGCUGAGGCAGUCUCACUGGAAAUUUUGCAGAAAAAGGCAGAAAACGAAAAAUGGUUAGAAGAAAACAACCAGAAUUAUUACACAAUGAAAUACAUUAUUCAGAAUAAUAUGGGAGGCUGUCACAAGAUGUUGUCGCCUGUCGACCAUCGCUGGUAUGGUAAAUACGUGUAAAUAUUGUUAGUUUAGUUUAAAUAGCAUUUAAGUAGUGAAAAUAUAAUAUGUAUUGUAA